GGCUCUUCUGCUCAAUUCCGCCGAGAGUCGCAUCCUACCUGGUCCGGAGGUGUAUUGCUUUCCCACACUCUCCCUGGUCGCACUCACCCAGCUGCUGCUGAGCUGGGCGCGAAAGUCCCGGCUCUGAGAAUUUAGCGGAAGAAACGAUCCCGAUGGGUUCUUGGAAAGCUUUUCUCGUUUCCCCUUUUCUUCUGUGGAAUCAAAGUAGAGGGGUGAGGCUCAUGUUCUUGUUACUAGCCCUGCAUUUGGGAAACUGCAUUGAUAAAGCAGAUGAUGAAGAUGAUGAGGAUUUAACCGUGAACAAAACUUGGGUGUUGGCACCAAAGAUUCAUGAAGGAGAUAUAACACAAAUCCUCAAUUCAUUGCUUCAAGGCUAUGACAAUAAGCUUCGCCCGGAUAUAGGAGUGAGGCCAACAGUAAUUGAAACUGAUGUUUAUGUAAACAGCAUUGGACCAGUUGAUCCCAUAAAUAUGGAAUACACAAUUGAUAUAAUUUUUGCUCAAACUUGGUUUGAUAGUCGUUUAAAAUUCAAUAGUACCAUGAAAGUGCUUAUGCUUAACAGUAAUAUGGUUGGAAAAAUUUGGAUCCCUGACACUUUCUUCAGAAACUCAAGAAAAUCUGAUGCUCAUUGGAUAACCACUCCCAAUCGUUUGCUUCGGAUUUGGAAUGAUGGACGAGUUCUAUAUACUCUAAGAUUGACAAUUAAUGCAGAAUGUUAUCUGCAGCUUCAUAACUUUCCAAUGGAUGAACAUUCUUGUCCACUGGAAUUUUCAAGCUGUAUUACUACAGUUCUGACCAUGACAACUCUGAGUACAAUAGCCCGGAAGUCUUUACCUAAGGUUUCUUAUGUAACUGCGAUGGAUCUCUUUGUUUCUGUUUGUUUCAUUUUCGUUUUUGCAGCCUUGAUGGAAUAUGGCACCUUGCACUAUUUUACCAGCAACAAAAAAGCAAAGACUGCUAGAGACAGCAAACUAAAAAACAAAGCAGCGAUAUCCCUUGGACUACAUCCUGGGUCCACUCUGAUUCCAAUGAACAGCAUUUCUCUGCCACAAGGAGAAGAUGAUUACGGGUAUCAGUGUUUGGAGGGCAAAGAUUGUACCAGCUUCUUCUGCUGCUUUGAAGACUGCAAAACAGGAUCAUGGAGGGAAGGAAGGAUACACAUACGCAUUGCCAAAAUUGAUUCCUAUUCUCGAAUAUUUUUCCCAACAGCUUUUGCCCUGUUCAAUCUGGUUUACUGGGUUGGCUAUCUUUACUUAUAA